GAAAGAAAAAGAGAACCGUUAUAGUCUCCGCCAUUACAGGUUUCUGCGCUUCUCUACAGUCUUUCAGAUUUGGAAACGUUAAAGUUCUUCUUCUUUAGCAGCAUAUAAACUAUAAUGAAAAUGUAUUAAUCAGUUACAGUCGGUAUUAAGAUCUCUCUUUAGGUAUUUAGCGGGUUUUGUUCACACUCAUCGCUGUCGGUCGGGAGGGUGUGGUUCAGAAACAACAUCGAGAUUAAUGAUAUUCAUCGAAAUCAGAUUUUGCUGGAAUCUUCGACAGAAUGAAGAACAAUUUCAAAUUAUUUCAGAUUGUUCUACUAAUGUGCGGAGUGUUCAGUGCUGGAACAGAUGAAGUGAAGACAGUGAUGGAGGGAGAUUCAGUCACUCUAAACCCUGAUCUUACUAAAAUACAGGGAAUUAAUCGGAUGAAGUGGAGGUUUAAGGAUUCACAUUCAGCCAUUGCUCAAAUCAUUAUAAAUGAGAUUUCAUAUCCCAGUCUCAAUGAGAUGUUCGGAGACAGACUGAAGCUGAAUCCGACUGGAUCUCUGACAAUCACAAACAUGAGGACUAAACACUCUGGACUUUAUAAACUAGAGAUCAACCACAAAUCUGGGACCUCCUAUUUGAAUUUCAGAGUUGCUGUCUAUGAGUCUCCAGCUGUUAUUGAAGCUUUUAAAGGUGAAAUGAAGAGUGUAUCGGAGACGGAGGGAAAUCCUGUCACUCUUCAGACUGAUACUGAAACACACGGAGAUGAGCUGAUAGUGUGGAGGUUUGGAGAUGAAGGAAAACUCAUAGCUAAACAUGAUCUAGAGGCCAAGAGUCUAAGAUUAUAUAAUGAUCCUGAUGAGAGAUUCAGAGACAGACUGAAGCUGGAUCAUCAGACCGGAUCUCUGACCAUCACAAACUCCAGAAUCACAGACUCUGGAGUUUAUAAAGUGAAGAUCAGCAGCAGCAAUCAGACUUUACACAAGAGAUUCACUGUUACUGUCAGCGUUCCAGGUCUGUCUCCAGGUGCUGUAGCAGGGAUUGUUGGUGUUCUGCUGCUGGUAUUUUCAGCCGCCGCAGCUGCUGGUGUUUUUUACUAUCGUCACAAAGUCUCUGAACUACAAAAGCAAAUGAGACAAGUGAAUAAAUCAGUGCUGAAGGGACGUCCUGUCACUCUGAACUAUGAUACUGAAAUACAGAAGGAUGAUAAAAUACAGUGGAAGUUUGAAGAGAAACUCAUAGCUGAAAUGACUGGAGAGAACCGUGAGAAACCUCAAUGGUCUGAUGAAUUCAGAGACCAAAUGACGCUGGACCCUCAGACUGGAUCUCUCUUCAUUCAACAAACCAGACCUGAACACUCUGGAUUAUAUAAACUAGAGAUCAAGACCAGUGCUUAUUCAACAUUCAGACUCUUCAGGAUUAUGGUCUUUGAUGAAGAGAAGUCAGUGUCAGUGAUGAAGGGGGCGGAUGUGACUCUACGUGUCAAUCCUGAAAUACAGAAAGGAGAUAAGAUAUUCUGGAUGUUUGGAGAUGACAGCCAUCUUGUAGCUAAAAACACAAAAGAUAAGUGUGAAGAAGAGUCUGAGUACAGUGAUGUUAGAUUUAAAGACAAAGUGGAUCUGAAUCCUCAGACUGGAGAUCUCACCAUCAAGACAAUCGAAACUUUCCACACUGGAGAAUACAAACUAAAGAUCAUCAGAAAUGGCAAAACCUCAUUCAAGUUAUUCAGAGUUACUGUUUCUGGACAAGUGAAUGAAUCAGCGCUGAAGGAACGUCCUGUCAUUCUGAACUAUUAUACUGAAAUACAGAAGGAUGUUAAAAUACAGUGGAAGUUUGAAGAGAAACUCAUAGUUAAAAUGACUGGAGAGAACUGUUGGAAACCUCAAUGGUCUGAUGAAUUCAGAGGACAAAUGAAGCUGGACCCUCUGACUGGAUCUCUCAUCAUUCACCGAUCCAGACCUGAACACUCUGGAUUAUAUAAACUAGAGAUCAAGACCAGUUAUUAUUCAACAUUCAGACUCUUCAGGAUUAUCGUCUUUGAUGAAGUGAAGUCAGUGCCAGUGAUGAAGGGGGUGGAUGUGACUCUACGUGUCAAUCCUGAAAUACAGACAGGAGAUAAGAUAUUCUGGAUGUUUGGAGAUGAAAACCGUCCCGUAGCUAAAAACACAAAAGAUAAGUGUGAAGAAGAGUCUGCGUACAGUGAUGUUAGAUUUAUAGACAAAGUGGAUCUGAAUCGUCAGACUGGAGAUCUCACCAUCAAGAGAAUCGAAACUGGCCACACUGGAAAAUACAAACUAAAGAUCAUCAGAAAUGGCAAAUCCUCAUUCAAGUUAUUCAAUGUUACUGUUUCUGAACAAGUGAAUGAAUCAGUGGAGAAGGGAGAUUAUGUCCCUCUGAACUCUAAUGCUGUAAUACAGAAGGAUGAUAAAAUACAGUGGAAGUUUGAAGAGAAACUCAUAGUUAAAAUGACUGGAGAGAACCGUGAGAACCCUCAAUGGUCUGAUGAAUUCAGAGACCAAAUGACGCUGGACUCUCGGACUGGAUCUCUCAUCAUUCAACAAACCAGACCUGAACACGCUGGAUUAUAUAAACUAGAGAUCAAGACCAGUGAUUAUUCAACAUUCAGACUCUUCAGGAUUAUCGUCUGUGAUGAAGUGAAGUCAGUGUCAGUGAUGGAGGGGGCGGAUGUGACUCUACGUGUCAAUCCUGAAAUACAGAGAGGAGAUAAGAUAUUCUGGAUGUUUGGAGAUGUCAACCGUCUUGUAGCUAAAAACACAGAAGAUAAGUGUGAAGAAGAGUCUGAGUACAGUGAUGAUAGAUUUAAAGAUAAAGUGGAUCUGAAUCCUCAGACUGGAGAUCUCACCAUCAAGACAAUCAGAGCUUUCCACACUGGAGAAUACAAACUAAAGAUCAUCAGAAAUGGCAAAUCCUCAUUCAAGUUAUUCAAUGUUACUGUUUCUGUGUAUAAAUCAGUGCUGAAGGGAGAUUCUGUCACUCUGAACUCUAAUGCUGUAAUACAGAAGGAUGAUAAAAUACAGUGGAAGUUUGAAGAGAAACUCAUAGCUGAAAUGACUGGAGAGAACCGUGAGAAACCUCAAUGGUCUGAUGAAUUCAGAGACCAAAUUAAGCUGGACCCUCUGACUGGAUCUCUCAUCAUUCAACAAACCAAACCUGAACACUCUGGAUUAUAUAAACUAGAGAUCAAGACCAGUGAUUAUUCAACAUCCAGACUCUUCAGGAUUAUGGUCUUUGAUGAAGAGAAGUCAGUGUCAGUGAUGGAGGGGGCGGAUGUGACUCUACGUGUCGAUCCUGAAAUACAGACAGGAGAUGAGAUAUUCUGGAUGUUUGGAGAUGACAACAGUCCUAUAGCUAAAAACACAGAAGAGAAGUGUGAAGAAGAGUCUGAGUACAGUGAUGUUAGAUUUAAAGAUAAAGUGGAUCUGAAUCGUCAGACUGGAGAUCUCACCAUCAAGAAAACUGAAACUGACCACACUGGAGAAUACAAACUAAAGAUCAUCAGAAAUGGCAAAUCCUCAUUCAAGUUAUUCAAUGUUACUGUUUCUGGACAAGUGUAUAAAUCAGUGCUGAAGGGACGUCCUGUCACUCUGAACUAUUAUACUGAUAUACAGAAGGAUGAUAAAAUACAGUGGAAGUUUGAAGAGAAACUCAUAGCUGAAAUGACUGGAGAGAACCGUGAGAACCCUCAAUGGUCUGAUGAAUUCAGAGACCAAAUGAAGCUGGACCCUCAGACUGGAUCUCUCACCAUUCAGCAAACCAAACCUGAACACUCUGGAUUAUAUAAACUAGAGAUCAAGACCAGUGAUUAUUCAACAUUCAGACUCUUCAGGAUUAUCGUCUGUGAUGAAGAGAAGUCAGUGUCAGUGAUGAAGGGGGCGGAUGUGACUCUACGUGUCGAUCCUAAAAUACAGACAGGAGAUAAGAUAUUCUGGAUGUUUGGACUUGACAACCGUCCUGUAGUUAAAAACACAAAAGAUAAGUGUGAAGAAGAGUCUGAGUACAGUGAUGAUAGAUUUAAAGACAAAGUGGAUCUGAAUGAUCAGACUGGAGAUCUCACCAUCAAGACAAUCAGAACUGACCACACUGGAGAAUACAAACUAAAGACCAUCAGAAAUGGCAAAACCUCAUUCAAGUUAUUCAAUGUUACUGUUUCUGCUGCAGGACAAGUAUAUAAAUCAGUCCUGAAGGGACGUCCUGUCACUCUGUACAAAGAUACUGAAAUACAGAAGGAUGAUAAAAUACAGUGGAAGUUUGAAGAGAAACUCAUAGCUGAAAUGACUGGAGAGAACCGUUGGAACCCUCAAUGGUCUGAUGAAUUCAGAGACCAAAUGAAGCUGAAGCCUUGGACUGGAUCUCUCAUCAUUCACCGAUCCAGACCUGAACACGCUGGAUUAUAUAAGCAAGAGAUCAAGACCAGUGAUUAUUCAACAUUCAGACUCUUCAGGAUUAUCGUCUGUGAUGAAAUGAAGUCAGUGUCAGUGAUGGAGGAGACGGAUAUGACUCUAUGUGCCAAUACUGAAAUACAGACAGGAGAUAAGAUAUUCUGGAUGUUUGGAGAUGACAACUGGCUCUUAGCUAAAAACACAGAAGAUAAUUGUGAAGAAGAGUCUGAGUACAGUGAUGUUAGAUUUAUAGACAAUGUGGAUCUGAAUCAUCAGACUGGAGAUCUCACCAUCAAGACAAUCAGAACUUUCCACACUGGAGAAUACAAACUAAAGAUCAUCAGAAAUGGCAAAUCCUCAUUCAAGUUAUUCAGAGUUUUUGUUUCUGUACGUCAAGUGAAUAAAUCAGUGAUGAAGGGACGUCCUGUCACUCUCAACUAUAAUACUGAUAUACAGAAGGAUGAUAAAAUACAGUGGAAGUUUGAAGAGAAACUCAUAGCUGAAAUGACUGGAGAGAACCGUGGGAACCCUCAAUGGUCUGAUGAAUUCAGAGACCAAAUGAAGCUGGACCCUCGGACUGGAUCUCUCACCAUUCAGCAAACCAGACCUGAACACUCUGGAUUAUAUAAGCUAGAGAUCAACACCAGUUAUUAUUCAACAUCCAGACUCUUCAGGAUUAUCGUCUUUGAUGAACAGAAGUCAGUGUCAGUGAUGGAGGAGGCGGAUGUGACUCUACGUGUCAAUCCUGAAAUACAGACAGGAGAUAAGAUAUUCUGGAUGUUUGGACGUGACAACCGUCUUGUAGCUAAAAACAAAGAAGAUAAUUGUGAAGAAGAGUCUGAGUACAGUGAUGUUAGAUUUAUAGACAAUGUGGAUCUGAAUCAUCAGACUGGAGAUCUCACCAUCAAGACAAUCAGAGCUAUCCACACUGGAAAAUACAAACUAAAGAUCAUCAGAAAUGGCAAAACCUCAUUCAAGUUAUUCAAUGUUACUGUUUCUGGACGUCAAGUGAAUAAAUCAGUGCUGAAGGGAUGUCCUGUCACUCUGAACUAUGAUACUGAAAUUCAGAAGGAUGAUGAAAUACAGUGGAAGUUUGAAGAGAAACUCAUAGCUGAAAUGACUGGAGAGAACCGUUGGAACCCUCAAUGGUCUGAUGAAUUCAGAGACCAAAUGAAGCUGGACCCUCGGACUGGAUCUCUCACCAUUCAACAAACCAGACCUGAACACUCUGGAUUAUAUAAGCUAGAGAUCAAGACCAGUGAUUAUUCAACAUUCAGACUCUUCAGUCUUAUCGUCUUUGAUGAAGUGAAGUCAGUGUCAGUGAUGAAGGGGGCGGAUGUGACUCUACGUGUCAAUCCUGAAAUACAGACAGGAGAUAAGAUAUUCUGGAUGUUUGGAGAUAAAAACCGUCUUGUAGCUAAAAACACAGAAGAGAAGUGUGAAGAAGGGUCUGAAUACAGUGAUGUUAGAUUUAAACCCAAAGUGGAUCUGAAUCGUCAGACUGGAGAUCUCACCAUCAAGAAAACUGAAACUGACCACACUGGAAAAUACAAACUAAAGAUCAUCAGAAAUGGCAAAUCCUCAUUCAAGAUAUUCAAUGUUACUGUUUCUGCUGCAGAACGUCAAGUGAAUAAAUCAGUGCUGAAGGGACGUCCUGUCACUCUGAACUAUUAUACUGAUAUACAGAAGGAUGAUAAAAUACAGUGGAAGUUUGAAGAGAAACUCAUAGCUGAAAUGACUGGAGAGAACCGUGAGAACCCUCAAUGGUCUGAUGAAUUCAGAGACCAAAUGACGCUGCACCCUGAGACUGGAUCUCUCAUCAUUGAACAAACCAGACCUGAACACUCUGGAUUAUAUAAACUAGAGAUCAAGACCAGUGAUUAUUCAACAUUCAGACUCUUCAGGAUUAUCGUCUGUGAUGAAGAGAAGUCAGUGUCAGUGAUGAAGGGGACGGAUGUGACUCUACGUGUCAAUCCUGAAAUACAGACAGGAGAUAAGAUAUUCUGGAUGUUUGGAGAUGAAAACCGUCCUGUAGCUAAAAACACAAAAGAUAAGUGUGAAGAAGAGUCUGAGUACAGUGAUGUUAGAUUUAUAGACAAAGUGGAUCUGAAUCGUCAGACUGGAGAUCUCACCAUCAAGACAAUCAGAGCUAUCCACACUGGAGAAUACAAACUAAAGAUCAUCAGAAAUGGCAAAUCCUCAUUCAAGUUAUUCACUGUUACUGUUUCUGGACAAGUGAAGACAUCAGUGCUGAGGGGAGAUUCUGUCGCUCUGUACAAAGAUACUGAUAUACAGAAGGAUGAUAAAAUACAGUGGAAGUUUGAAGAGAAACCCAUAGUUGAAAUGACUGGAGAGAACCGUGAGAACCCUCAAUGGUUUGAUGAAUUCAGAGACCAAAUAAAGCUGGAGCCUCAGACUGGAUCUCUCUUCAUUCACCGAUCCAGACCUGAACACUCUGGAUUAUAUAAACUAGAGAUCAAGACCAGUGAUUAUACAACAUUCACACUCUUCAGGAUUAUCAUCUUUGAUGAAGAGAAGUCAGUGUCAGUGAUGAAGGGGGAGGAUGUGACUCUACGUGUCAAUCCUGAAAUACAGACAGGAGAUAAGAUAUUCUGGAUGUUUGGAGAUGAAAACAGUCUUGUAGCUAAAAACACAGAAGAUAAGUGUGAAGAAGAGUCUGAGUACAGUGAUGUUAGAUUUAAAGACAAAGUGUAUCUGAAUCGUCAGACUGGAGAUCUCACCAUCAAGACAAUCAGAGCUAUCCACACUGGAGAAUACAAACUAAAGAUCAUCAGAAAUGGCAAAGCCUCAUUCAAGUUAUUCAGAGUUUUUGUUUAUGGACAAGUGAAGACAUCAGUGCUGAGGGGAGAUUCUGUCGCUCUGUACAAAGAUACUGAUAUACAGAAGGAUGAUAAAAUACAGUGGAAGUUUGAAGAGAAACUCAUAGUUAAAAUGACUGGAGAGAACCAUGAGGACACUCAAUGGUCUGAUAAUGAAUUCAGAGACCAAAUGACGCUGAACCCUCAGACUGGAUCUCUCUUCAUUCACCAAACCAGACCUGAACACUCUGGAUUAUAUAAACUAGAGAUCAAGACCAGUGAUUAUUCAACAUUCAGACUCUUCAGGAUUAUCGUCUUUGAUGAAGAGAAGUCAGUGUCAGUGAUGAAGGGGGCGGAUGUGACUCUACGUGUCAAUCCUGAAAUACAGACAGGAGAUAAGAUAUUCUGGAUGUUUGGAGAUGAAAACAGUCUUGUAGCUAAAAACACAGAAGAUAAGUGUGAAGAAGGGUCUGAGUACAGUGAUGUUAGAUUUAAAGACAAAGUGGAUCUGAAUCGUCAGACUGGAGAUCUCACCAUCAAGACAAUCAGAGCUAUCCACACUGGAGAAUACAAACUAAAGAUCAUCAGAAAUGGCAAAGCCUCAUUCAAGUUAUUCAGAGUUUUUGUUUCUGAACGUCAAGUGAAUAAAUCAGUGCUGAAGGGACGUCCUGUCACUCUGAACUAUUAUACUGAAAUACAGAAGGAUGAUAAAAUACAGUGGAAGUUUGGAGCUGAAGAGAAACUCAUAGCUGAAAUGACUGGAGAGAACCGUGAGAACCCUCAAUGGUCUGAUGAAUUCAGAGACCAAAUGAAGCUGAACCCUCGGACUGGAUCUCUCACCAUUCACCAAACCAGACCUGAACACUCUGGAUUAUAUAAACUAGAGAUCAAGACCAGUUAUUAUUCAACAUUCACACUCUUCAGGAUUAUCGUCUGUGAUGAAGAGAAGUUAGUGCCAGUGAUGGAGGGGGCGGAUGUGACUCUACGUGUCAAUCCUGAAAUACAGAGAGGAGAUAAGAUAUUCUGGAUGUUUAGAGAUGAAAACCGUCUUGUAGCUAAAAACACAGAAGAGAAGUGUGAAGAAGAGUCUGAGUACAGUGAUGUUAGAUUCAAACCCAAUGUGGAUCUGAAUCGUCAGACUGGAGAUCUCACCAUCAAGAACAUCAGAGCUAUCCACACCCACAAUGAAAAAUACAAACUAAAGAUCAUCAGAAAUGGCAAAUCCUCAUUCAAAUUAUUCACUGUUACUGUUACUGUGAAUGAAUCAGUGCUGAAGGGAUGUCCUGUCAUUCUGUACUAUGAUGCUGAUAUACAGAAGGAUGAUAAAAUACAGUGGAAGUUUGAAGAGAAACUCAUAGCUGAAAUGACUGGAGAGAACCGUUGGAACCCUCAAUGGUCUGAUGAAUUCAGAGACCAAAUGAAGCUGGACCCUCGGACUGGAUCUCUCAUCAUUCAACAAACCAGACCUGAACACUCUGGAUUAUAUAAACUAGAGAUCAGUUCAUAUUUUUCAACAUUCAGACUCUUCAGGAUUAUCGUCUUUGAUGAAGUGAAGUCAGUGUCAGUGAUGGAGGGGGCGGAUGUGACUCUACGUGUCAAUUCUGAAAUACAGUCAGGAGAUAAGAUAUUCUGGAUGUCUGGAGAUAAAAACCGUCUUGUAGCUAAAAACACAGAAGAGAAGUGUGAAGAAGAGUCUGAGUGCAGUGAUGAUAGAUUUAUAGACCCAGUGGAUCUGAAUCGUCAGACUGGAGAUCUCACCAUCAAGACAAUCAGAACUGACCACACUGAAAAAUACAAACUAAAGAUCAUCAGAAAUGGCAAAUCCUCAUUCAAGUUAUUCACUGUUACUGUUACUGGACGUCAAGUGAAUAAAUCAGUGGUGAAGGGACGUCCUGUCAUUCUGAAGUAUAAAACUGAAAUACAGAAGGAUGAUAAAAUACAGUGGAAGUUUGAAGAGAAACUCAUAGCUGAAAUGACUGGAGAGAACCCUCAAUGGUCUGCUGAUGAAUUCAGAGACCAAAUGAAGCUGGACCCUCAGACUGGAUCUCUCACCAUUCAACAAACCAGACCUGAACACUCUGGAUUAUAUAAACUAGAGAUCAUCACCAGUGAUUAUUCAACAUUCAGACUCUUCAGGAUUAUCGUCUGUGAUGAAGAGAAGUUAGUGCCAGUGAUGGAGGGGGCGGAUGUGACUCUACGUGUCAAUCCUGAAAUACAGAGAGGAGAUAAGAUAUUCUGGAUGUUUAGAGAUGACAACCAUCCCGUAGCUAAAAACACAGAAGAGAAGUGUGAAGAAGAGUCUGAGUACAGUGAUGUUAGAUUUAAAGACAAAGUGGAUCUGAAUCAUCAGACUGGAGAUCUCACCAUCAAGACAAUCAGAGCUGACCACACUGGAGAAUACAAACUAAAGAUCAUCAGUAAUGGCAAAUCCUCAUUCAAGAUAUUCAGAGUUACUGUUUCUGUGAAUAAAUCAGUGCUGAAGGGACGUCCUGUUGCUCUGAACUAUGAUACUGAAAUACAGAAGGAUGAUGAAAUACAGUGGAAGUUUGAAGAGAAACUCAUAGCUGAAAUGACUGGAGAGAACCGUGAGAAACCUCAAUGGUCUGAUGAUGAAUUCAGAGACCAAAUGAAGCUGGACCCUCAGACUGGAUCUCUCUUCAUUCAACAAACCACACCUGAACACUCUGGAUUAUAUAAACUAGAGAUCAAUGCCAGUUAUUAUUCAACAUUCAGACUCUUCAGGAUUAUGGUCUUUGAUGAAGAGAAGUCAGUGUCAGUGAUGAAGGGGGCGGAUGUGACUCUACGUGCCAAUACUAAAAUACAGACAGGAGAUAAGAUAUUCUGGAUGUUUGGAGAUGACAGCCGUCUUGUAGCUAAAAACACAGAAGAUAAGUGUGAAGAAGAGUCUGAGUACAGUGAUGAUAGAUUUAAAGACAAAGUGGAUCUGAAUCGUCAGACUGGAGAUCUCACCAUCAAGACAACUGAAACUGACCACACUGGAGAAUACAAACUAAAGAUCAUCAGAAAUGGCAAAUCCUCAUUCAAGAUAUUCACUGUUACUGUUUCUGAACAAGUGAAUAAAUCAGUGCUGAAGGGACGUCCUGUCACUCUGAACUAUGAUACUGAUAUACUGAAGGAUGAUAAAAUACAGUGGAAGUUUGAAGAGAAACUCAUAGCUGAAAUGACUGGAGAGAACCGUGAGAACCCUCAAUGGUCUGAUGAAUUCAGAGACCAAAUGAAGCUGAACCCUCGGACUGGAUCUCUCACCAUUCAACAAACCAGACCUGAACACUCUGGAUUAUAUAAACUAGAGAUCAACACCAGUUAUUAUUCAACAUUCAGACUCUUCAGGAUUAUCGUCUGUGAUGAAGAGGAGAGGAAACCAUUGAUGAAGGAUUCCACAGAAAAACGAGAGAAUGAAUCAGUGACUGUAGAGAUGCCGCUGCUGAAUGCAGAGGAUCUGGAUGGAGUGAAUGAGCGGGAGAGUUUACUUUAAUGAGAUAAGACACGCCCACCAGUGUCAAUCACUCUGACAUCAUCAACACUUCAGCUACAACAACAAAAACACAUUUCUGCUUUCAUAAGCCUCUAGAAUCCGUCCAGUGAAAGAGAGAAAUGAAGCCGUGUCUGUUGAGCUGAUGAACCUGCAUGUAAAAAGCUUCUGUGGUUUUAUAUGAACCCAGAAACACAGUAAUCAAACACUUUCUAAUGUUACACUUCAUACCUGUACCACUGUUAACAUAAUACUAGUGUGACUCUCACAGCUUUGAUUUUCUGUGAUUAUCGACAGGAAUAUGAUUUUUAUAAGAUUUUACCACAGCAUUUGAAUUUGCCGUUUUAUGUAAUUAACACCAGUGCCAGAUUAACGUUCAUGUUCAGAACUAAUCAUGUCUUUGAGAUCACAUGACCUUCUCUUCAUGUGUAGAAGUUCAUUAGUGUGAAUGAGACUAACAGCUUUGACCAUUCAGUGUUAUUCAGCUUCACUGUAAGUGACUUUAUUAUUGUAAAAAUAACAAUAAUUAUAACCAACUACUUAAGUUGACAAUCUUUUUUAUUUAUAUAUAUAUAUUUCUUUUUAAGUUGUAAAUGUAUGGCUUUUUUUGUUAUAUGACAUAAUUAUGCUUGAAUAAGAGUAUAUCAAAGAUAAGAUGUGAAGUGAAUCUUCAUCUUAUCUGAAUGAUUGUAAAUGUGAGUUGAAUUUAAAGUGCCUUUAUAUUCAUGCUGAAGCACUUACAGUAGCCUUAUUGUACUUCUCAAAAAAAAAAAAAAAAAAAAAAAAAAAAGAUGGAAAAAGACAUUUUGCAUAAUACCAUUGUGGUGUUUCUUGUGUUAUAAUUUUUUUCAGAAGCAUGUUAUUAAUGAAUAUUUGAAUUUAAAGUGCCUUUAUAUUCAUGCUGAAGCACUUACAGUAGUCUUGUACUUCUCACAAAAAAAAACAACAAAAAAAAACAUUUUGUUCGGAUUUAAUACUCAGUGUCAUGAUACCACAUUGUGGUGUUUCUUGUGUUUUAUUAUUUUUUUCAUAAGCAUGUGAUUGAUGAAUAUUAUUGCUAUACUGCUGAUCUUAAUGUCUAAUCUCUUCUGUCCUCUAGUGGACAGACACUGAUACAGCUUUUGCUUCCUAAUAAAUCUUUUAACAUGAA